AUGGACGGAAGUGUUGAAAGUGGUCUUGUCAACAUUGACGAGGACCUGGGAGAAGCAGCAAGGCAUUGCAACCAUGCGGACAUGAAGUGCAAAGCAAGCUCUCCAUGGAGAGAACCACACAUUUGCGGUGAGAAAGAGGAGCCAACGGCAUCUGGACAAUGCCGUACUGUUGACAAUUGCUUCUAUCAACAGUGCAAAGGGUACAAUGAAGCUGUAUGCACCAAAGAUGAGGACUGCGUUGGCGAAUCAAAAUGCCAUCAAGAUGGAGAUAAGAAAGUUUGUGGAGGGAAACUCAAAAUUACCAUCAAGGACAGUUCGAGGACGCUGGGACGGGCUGUUCCAUAUGGAAUUGGCCAAGACGGUGUUGGGAAGCACCGUGCCUUUGAGCACAGGAAUGAGACCGAGGGGCAUGCGAUCUGCGUCGACGAAGACACCAACGAAGACGUUGAAAUUGAAGGACAGCAUCGUUGUUUUAUGCUGGCAGGAACAGAGGGAGAUCCAUCGUGGUUUGAAACCUGGAAGAUUCCAAGGGAGGGCGACAAGAGAGACAGUUGGAGGGCGCCUGAUUCAAAGUUCCACUACAAAAUCAAACUUGGAUCUGUCUCAGAGGGGCCGUCUAAAGGAAAAUCAUACCUUCCUCACAACACCAACAUGAAGUAUAUCUCCUUGAUUCAAGACAACGAUGCUGAUCCCGAGGCAGGAAUGAGCAGAUUCAGUAACAUCAAGUUGUAUGAUGAAGCUGUUUCAGCGGGGGCAAAAGGGAUUGCUACAAGCAUCUGCAGUCAAAGGGAAACGAUUAAUGGUUUCUACAAGGAUGACAUUGGCACCCCCACAGACUUUGGGGCCUCAACACAGACAAUAAUGCGGUACAAUGAUGGCAAUCCGCCAUAUGCACGUUCUUCCUUGUGCCCCUACUUUGACGCUUAUGCCCCAACUGAGCUCCCCUAUAAAGUCCAGGCUUACAACAUUGAAACAGCGGAUUUCCUGGAUGUCCAGACAAAAUCAGCCACCGAAGAUGUGGUCUACUGGAAAUGGUUUGACAGGGGAUUCCGUGUUUUGAGAGUCUCUGAAAGAGACCUUCCGCCAGGGUACUUCAGACUUGGUGAUAGCAUUAAUACUGAUUUUGCGAGAUCGAAAGCAAUCGCCGUGGCAAAGGGUGGCGGUGAUUCCCUGGCUGCUCCCAUCACGUACAUCCCCAAUACUCAAUGUUUGAAUAAAGGAAUCUUUUGGUGCGUGGUGUGGCUCCCAAUCUGUCCAAAUGGCUAUGUUGCACUCGGUAAUGUUUGGUCUGGUUUUCCAUCCUAUAACAUUCCGAGCACCGAUUAUAUGAGAUGCGUGAAGCAGAAGUUAGUCUUUUCAUUGCCUUGGUACUUCGGCGCUCAAUGGGAUAGAGCGCGUUUCUACUAUGUCGAGAUGAUCAACAAGUUCUUCCCUGAAUAUUUACUGCUUCCAGGAACACAUAAAUAUGGGUGGCACGGAGACAAUAGCUACAUGUUGUUGAAGGCUUGCACACAAUAUGGUGUCUGGCCCUAUUGCAGUGACAAGAUCUCCAUGUGGCCGGAUGAUGAGAAGGACUUUGUUGUUCCAUAUGCCCAACUCAAGCCAUGCGAUUUCCAUGAUGAACACAAGGCGCUUUAUAGUGAUUCAUUUCAUGCGCACAAUAACUGGGAAAACACUGCUGUCGAGCUAUACAAGGACCCAAUUACUGGAUUUGUCGGCUACAAACAUCUUGCUGCGUCAAAGAAAUACGGGACUCCUUAUUGUCUUGGAACUGAUGUUUUUGGAUCAUCAAAUCAACUGCAACUGAAAUACAUGCCUGUUCAGGGAAAUGUGGACUCUCAUCAGGCCUACAAACAGAUCAACGGACAGUACUGGAAGAAUUGGUCUCCAGGAGCAGACUUUGUCUUCCUUUUCAAGUGCUCGAAACAUGAUGAGAUUGGGAACUACAAGUCAAGCAUUGCUGCCAGUGCAAGAACAUCACCAACACAAAGAAGGGAUCUUGUCAACUCUGGAGAAGAUCUUGGAACAGCAGCCAAAUUUCCGAAUCUUUUCUGGAGUAAUCCCCAUUUCUGUGGUUGUGGAGAAGAACCCAUCAAGAAAGGCACAGGCUGUCAGCAAAUGGAUACUUGCUACUACCAACCUUCUGUCUGCCCCGAUGAAGUAAACCACUCCACAUGUGCUGCGGAUUAUUCAGCUUGCAAGUGUAAGAAGGGAUAUGUUGGCAGCAAAUACGGUGCAAAUGCAGUGUCAUCAGGCUCGGGAAACACAUGUAUCCUCGCCGAAGAUGCAGACAACCAAAAUGAGGUCUCCUUUGAUUCUUUCGAUGUGGUGAUAAAGAAGCAAGGCUUGGCCAAGGUCAAGGUCAAGAUGCUUCGUUAUGACACAGAUGACCCGGACAAAGCACCAGAAGUAGUCAAGAAAUGGGACUCGACGGUACAGAAUGUGGUAGCAUUGGAUCCUACCAAGGAUAUUUAUAAGACAACUUUCAAUGGUCUGCGUCCUGGAACAAAGUAUCAGUACACGAUCAGUGAUGAUGCGGAUCACAGUGACAUUUUCUUUGACGGUGUGAACCAAAUGACCUACUGUUGCUGUGAUUGUGAAGUGUCCACACAGCAUGAUGAUACCACUGGAAGGCCCAUCGACAUCAGGGUCCAUCAAGUUCUUGGUGUGGUUACGUUUGAAUUUGUGGAUAAUUCGCGCUGCUCAGAAGCUUAUGCAUUUACUAGGACCGAAGUGGGUGCUGGAGAGUUUGUGAAGGCGGAUGCGAGUCUCAAACAGACCUUCACUCCGAACUUUGCCAAUUUUGCAAAGGAGAAGUGCACAAAAUCUCCAGUCAAGCCAGGAACCAAUGCUGCCGAUGAUCUCAAGUUCUCAAGACUGCAGGUAUCAGAGCCAUACAGAUACUGCAUCAGAGCUGUCGCAGAGCGUUAUGCAGCUGACGCUACACAUUCCAGUGAUGACGCCUGCAAGAUCCACUUUGUGAGGUGGCAAGCAUCGAUCAAGGGGCGAAUUGUUACAGACCAAGGAAAGGUGCCUGUCGAGGAUGUCAAAGUAAACUGGCAGUUGAUGAACCUGCAGCAAACUGUUGUCCUUCAUGAAGGCACUGCCACAACGAAGAAGCCAGGGAAAUUCAAGAUGGAGUUUGAUGUGGACGACAGCAUCAACAAGUUUCUCAACCGUGACACUGCUUUCCCCAUUCGCAUCACGUUUGACAAGAAGACAGAGUUGGCUGGGAGUGAUCCAAUUGUUCAUGAAUUUGUUUGUGAAGAUGGGACCGUUGACUGCUCAGGUGAAGAUGGCAUAGUUGUCUAUCUAAAGCACCUUGAGUUCGACGAACCCUUCGAAGCCCGUGACAAGACGUCUGUCCCUAUCAAAGGAAGAGUAUCAAUCAUGGAGUAUGGUGGCUGCCCCUUGAUUGGGGCAGAUGUUUGUGUGGCACAGAAACGACCAAAUUUCCCUGAUGUCCAGGGGGCUUGUGUUAAGACUGAUGGUGCUGGAAACUUCAAUCUACCAGCUACCAUUGGGACCACAGUUGGAGUUAGGGUGGCCUACUUUGAGCAUAAGAUUACAUUCAGAAGGCAGCCCUCUUUGCAUGUUGAGAUUGCCGGAGGAGAGUGUGAUCUACGCUUGGGCAGAAGUAAGAUUGAAGUGGAAGUGUGCAGCUCACAGCCGCCAAUCGUGCGUCCGCAAGGUCAGUGGAAGCAACAGCACUCGCUCCCAGCCCAUGUCCUGGAUGUACGAGUUCUCGAGAUAAGAGAUGAUAGAAACAAGACAAAACCACCACAGAAGCUACAAGACAUCACCAAGCACUUUUUGGACAAGACCCAGACCAAGGCUGUUGAUCUUCGCGAGGAAGUGGCAAAGGAGCAAGAAGAAAAGGGCAAAAAAGCUGCGCCCAAGGACGAAUCAGCAGUAGGAGCUGCUGAACCAGAAUCUCCAAUGAAGCGUGUCCCCGAGCUUCGCUUUCAGUAUGAUGGUGCUUUGGAAAGUGGAUUCGCAUUUGGCGGAAAGGACUACCGCAACCCGCAGCAGUGUCUUGCAGAAAAUGUUUGGCCUGAGUCUUUGGUAAAGAAGCAAGCUGGUACUACCUACUCGCUUCACAUCACAAAGACCGGUUACUACUUCAGGCCUGUUGUGAGUCUCAGAUACAAGCUAAUGACGGAUAUGUACUGUGAUGUUGUUGGCGAUGAUAUUGAAGUUGAAAUUGAGAACAGUGUGGGAAUUGAUGCCAAGUGGGCAGAGUACAAGAAGAGUCUCAAGGAAGAUGAAGUCAAACAGUAUGAGAUUUGUGGUCCUCAGAACACCUGCAAGUUCAAGGUUGAUCAUACCAACACCAAUGACGUAAAGUCAAAUGCGCGUGUGACUCCCAAGGAUGCAAGGGGAAACAGAAUCCAGUUUAUAGUUGGACGCCCGAGGGUUGACUCCCCUUACCGGAAGACAUUCAAAGUCAAGGUGACCAAGCAGGGCGUACGCGUCUUGACCCACGUAGCUGAGCUGGUUGUAACAGGUGACUACAAAUUGGGAGAAGGAAAAUCAUUUGCUCUCCCUACCUAUGAGCCCAUUCUGAUUCUUCGGGAUCCCCCAGGAGGGCUUUCACAGGCAUCCUAUGAGAAUGUGCAGACCACCAUGAGGGUGAAGUCUGCAGAACAUGAGAAGCUGGAAGAUCUUUCACACAACUCUCGACUGCACAUUGGAGCCGACAUUGAUCAAGGAAGUUGUGCUGGUUUUGGCCUCUCAAUUUGUCUCAAAAGUUUCAGCUUGUCAGGUGAUGGCCUCGGUGGUGGCUUCGACAGCGAGGAUGUUACCUAUCAGGAGCACAAGGAAGAGGUUUUUACUGCAGAGUAUACAACGACCUGGAGCUACACAACAAGUGACGAUCCAAUGCUUGCUGGACGCAAAUCCGAUGUGUUUGUGGUGCCUAAUUUGAAUGUUAUGUUCUCUGAGACUUUGAACUUUAAGUGGCAUCCUGAAAGUUGCUCGACCAAUGUGACCACCACAACCAAAUUCAAUCUGGAAGACAAGAAGAACAAGCCUGCUGUUUCUUUCUUUAGUGUCUACUACUUGGAAACUCAUAUGCUUCCUUCACUGGAGACCAAGGCUCUGGAGUACCGAUACAGGUGGGGGAACGAAACAGAUGUACAGAAUAAGACGAAGCUGAAGUCUCAAUAUGAUACUUUGGACUAUGCACUGAAGAGUUGGAAUAAUUCGUUGACAGCAUAUGAUGCCACAAACAACAUGGCAGAGAACCAACUCAUUCCAGCCCGUGAAUGGUUUGACAAGUGGGCGGCAAAGAAGGAUAAAAUGUUUUCUGAUGUUGAUCCUCCUCCAAUGACUGGAAUCUUCUUUGUUGACUUUGCCAACCAGGAAGAAUAUUACCGCGCGAAAGCCAUGAAGCCUGACAUUGCACCAGGAGCACAUUGGGCGAAAGUGACUCCUGAAGCACUAACAGACAGAGCCAUCACAGUGCAGAAUGCUCCGUAUAUCAAGCCUGGGUCGCAAAGUGGCAAGAAGGACCUGAAGGAGACCAACAGGCUUCAGUUCAGCGGUGGUGGAGGCACAAUGGAAUUUACAAUGGGUCAUGCCGGUAUUACUGAGAUAAGCCAGCUGAACCCAGCUUUGAACAACGAAGAAAGCACUUUUGGAGGAACCCUUAGUUUUGACAUGUCUGGUGGUCCUGGAAUUAUGAUCGGUGGCGGCUUUGAGCUAACACAUGUGACCACAAGAUCACAGGUUUUUACAGAGACCGACGGGGAAGAAAAAGAGACUACAGUUUCUUUUGUUCUCGGUGAUGAAGACAAGGACGAUGACUUUGUUUUGGACAUUUUCGUCGAUCCCAAGUUUGGAACUUUCAUCUUCAGAACUGUCGCCGGAACAACCAGUGCUCCCUGGGAAGGUUCACCCACAGCACGGGGAGAAGAUAUUGAUCUCAGAGUUGUUCAGAGGCCGAACAAGCCUGUUCUACCUGAUGAGCCUAUGGUUUUCACACUCACCAUCGCAAACAAUGUGAAUGACCGCACAAGUGCCUUUGUGGUAUUCCUUGACCACACAACCAACCCGGAUGGCCUAACACACAAGUUGGGAGGCAAUGAUCUGGCUGUUGCCCAUGACUUUGGCCCAUUCAAUGGUGUCCGCGUGGUAACAAUGGAGAUUUGGAGACCAAGUCGAGGAUACCAGUUUACUCCGACGCUUAUUCAAAUGCAAGCAGAUUGGGAUGGUACUGGGUCAGAGGCCAAGACGGUUCUUUUGUCGAACGACCUUUGUCAGGGAAACCCGUGUAUCAAGUUUGCAGAGCCAUGUCCUGUGAUGAAGUGGGCUGGAGCCUUGGAGCGAGAAAAGAAAUUUGUUGUGAACAUUGCGAACCAAAUGGAUCCUAUUCCUCUCAUCAUUCGCAACCCCAAGAAGGCGGAAGGAGAUCUGGCAAGUCUGGUGAAGGACACAAGACUUCAAGAAGUCAUUCCUUACGUCAGAAAACUUGGCGAGGGCGAGUAUGACUAUGGACCCGCCUAUUUGGAUGUGUCAAAGCAACAGAUAGCCAACUUUACGGCCAUCCCUGAAGCUGUUGGGCAAGAGGAUGACUAUGGUUAUGCAACGAUCAACUGGAACUUCCAGAAUAUUCACAUUCCUGACACAGAUUCAGAUGGCCGUUAUGAGGUCAUUGUUGAAACAAGAUGCCAAGAUUUCCCCAAGGCCCCUGACGACUUCAAGAAGACUACAACAGAGCCAGUGUUGAUUGUUGUUGAUCGAAUAGCUCCCAAGGUGUACGGUAUGCUGCCAGUGCGAGACGUUGUGGUCCCAGGAGAAGAAGUUUCGAUCAUCUUUACCGAGCCCAUUGUCUGUGAAUUACCUUUGAGAUUUGACCUGAUUGUUCAGGUGUCUGGCAUCAAGGAUGGCACUGGGACACAAGAUGCAAAAUACACCAAAUUCUCCAACGAUUUGAAUAUUGACUGCAACGAACGAAAGGUUGGUUUCCUGUUCGAUGAGCUUAUGGGCUAUGAUGUGCUGAUGGGCCGUGAAAUGACAGUAUCUUUAACAGGUGUCCAAGACCUGCAAGGAAAUUUCAUUACACAAGCCGUUGAGUUCAAGAAGACAUUUGCAAAUCUGGAUGUGAACAAGACAGGCUCCGCAUUUGACAUGAUGCUGGGAAGUGGACCAUGCAACAGCACGACCACCAACAAGGAUGAUGUUAAGGUCAGAAUCACACAGCUGUUGAACUUAGCUGACCCAACUCGCCUGGAGAUCUUGAGUGCGUGGUGUGAGUCAUCAAAUCAGACUGUGGCUCGGGUCAAGAUGGCUCCAGCAACUCCUGGCUUUGGCCGUCAGCUGGGAGAAGAGACUGAAUCAGAGGUGGUCAGUAAUGACCACACUCCACUGGGGGCAUUCUAUGUCUUGGCACGGUUGUCCAGAGAAGCCAAUCUAGCAUUGGAUGGACGAAGGUUGGCAAGUUUCAAUGAUUCAGUGCCUGAACUAUUGCUAGACUUCAGUGGCAAUUCUAUUGACUACAAGUUCAGUGUGCGCAAUCUGGAAUUGAUCCUACACGAAUCUGAUGUACAGAGCUACUCAUUGGAUGCCCCCCCCUCGAUGGAGGAGCAGCUGAUCUUGGCUGUAAGAGAAGGCAUUGAUGGCCACACUUUGAAACAACGAGAGCAAGUCUUACAGCAACGAGAGCAACUUUGGCAGCAGCGAGAGCAACUUUUAGAGCAACGAGAGCACAUUAUCAGACUUGAGAAUGGAAUGACGGAGCAGCUGGCAGCAACAGCACAGAUGGAGAUCCAACUUCAUCACAAGCUGGAUGCGAUUUUGGGCCAAACUUCUGCCCAGGUAGGCCCUGAGAGAUUGCCCAUGCGUGAGCGUCGGAAUGGGAACCACAACAAGGUCACCAUCUCAAAUCAUGGUGAAAAGCAAGAUGCAUCUGAUCUGGUCGCUCAAAUCCGCCUCCUGCAACUCCUGUUUGGCUGCUCUGUAGUUGCUAUCAUCGUGCUGCAGUACAAGAAGAAUCAGCUCAUAGCAGAUCGUCAGUGA